GCGGGCGCAUGCGCAGGGGGGCGCGCCGCCUCUGCCCCUCGGCGAGGGUGUCUAUGGAGAGGCGGCGACCGCGGCUGCUGAAGGAGCGGAGGCUGAGGCCGCGGCGAUGGCGCCCUUCCCUGACGAGGUGGACGUCUUCACCGCGCCGCACUGGCGGAUGAAGCAGCUGGUGGGGCUCUACUGCGACAAGCAGCCAACGGAAAUCUUUCUUAGGAUGUCCUUGCUUUCUAAAACCAACUUUUCCAACAACAAUGAUUUCCAUGCUCUUCUGCAGUCUUUGUAUGCUACUUUCAAAGAGUUCAAAAUGCAUGAGCAGAUUGAAAAUGAAUACAUUAUUGGCCUACUUCAACAACGCAGCCAGACCAUUUAUAAUGUACAUUCUGACAAUAAACUCUCUGAGAUGCUUAGCCUCUUUGAAAAGGGAUUGAAGAAUGUUAAGAAUGAAUAUGAGCAGUUAAAUUAUGCAAAACAGCUGAAAGAGAGAUUGGAGGCUUUUACAAGGGAUUUUCUUCCACACAUGAAAGAGGAGGAAGAGGUUUUUCAACCCAUGUUAAUGGAAUAUUUUACCUAUGAAGAGCUUAAGGAUAUUAAGAAAAAAGUGAUUGCACAACACUGCUCUCAGAAGGACACUGCAGAACUCCUUAGAGGUCUUAGCCUGUGGAAUCAGGCUGAAGAACGACAGAAGUUUUUCAAAUAUUCUGUGGAUGAAAAAUCAGAUACUGACAAAAACUUAAAAGCAGUUUCUGCGAAAAACCAGGACUCUUCACUUGGGCCCGCAGACAGCUGACAGGGAAGGAAAAGUAGAACAAAGCUUGACCGUCAUUUUACAAGACCCAAGCGAAACCCUCGUCAACUCUGCCCAGGCAGGCCAGUCACAGAGCAGGUGAAUGUGCAAAAGCUGGUGAAGCAACACUUAUGAGCCCUGGGCAAAAUGACAUAUUAACCACUGAUCUGAAGGAGCAUCUGCCUGUGUAAAAUAAGAAACAGAAACAUUUACUGGGGGCUGGGGGGGAGGCUUGGGUGGUUGUGGAGUUUGGGGAUUGGAACGGGCUUGGUGCACACACAAAAAGGGAGCGGGAAGUUUAUCUCUGGAGUGAGAAGGAGAAGUCGAAGUUACUCUUGGAGAGAGAAGUUGUUUCUCUGGGUCUGGUACCAAGCUUGGAGAGUGUCAUGUUACUGACAGCUAAGCCCCAGGCUGGCAGCACCCAUGAGGGAACAGAUACGUUCAGCUUGCAGAGAUGCCAUCGGUAAUCACAGCACAGCUAACACAGGGCACUUACAUGUUCAGUGUUUUUUUUGUUUGUUUGUUUUUGUUUUUUGUCUUUUUCGUUUUUAUCGGUACCAGGGAUUGAACUCACGACUGCCUGCUUGCAAGGCAGGCGCUUAUGCCGCUGAGCUAAACCCCCAGCCCUUUUUCCUUUCUUUCUUAAAUUUAAAUUUGAAACAAUCCUUACAAAUUUCUGAAUUUGGAUUCAUAGCUUCCCAUCCUGCAUUUUAGCUAGGACUAGUUUGGGAUAACAGAUCUCUAAGCAACCUUUUUUUUUUAACAGUAAAGGGAUUGCAUCCGGGGUCUUUGCACCAGUUACAGUCCCAUCCCCUUUAACAUUUUUUAAAAUUUUGAGCCAGUCUUGCUAAGUGGCUGAAGUUAGGCUUGAACUCAUGAUCUUCCUGCCUCAGCCUGCCAGACUACUGGGAUUACAGGUGUGUGCCACUAUGUUGGCCCUAGGCAACCUUGUCUAAGGGUAAAAAUAGCAGAAAAAUAAAUUAGAUAAAGGGCCAUGUGCAGCACCAAGAGAAAUAAAAGAAAAAAAUAGCAGUCUUUGCGGUAUCGACACUUUGGGAUUUUAUUCAUUUAUGUUUGGUACCGGGUAUCAAACUCACAACCCUGUGCUUACAGGCAGGCACUUAUGCCCACUGAGCUAAAUCCCCAGCCAGUGGGGUUUUAUAUAAAAGGGAACAAAGACAAGGGGCAGACUUACACAUCUGGUCUGGGGGAAUCUGGUCACGUGGGGGUCUGGUUGGCUGGUGUUUCACGACUGAUUCUGCCAGUUUCCGGGAGAGCCAUCAUCUCUGGGGGACAGUCAGGGAUGAACACUGCCAUGCUUUAAAUGGGCAACAGGCAACACCUGCCCCUCUGUCCCCAAGGUGGCCCCUAAUUUUCUUAAUUCUCCCAAAAGAUUUCUUUUUUCUUUUUGUCUUUUUCCUUUUUAUCAGUACCGGGGAUUGAAUUCACGACUGCCUGCUUUCAAGGCAGGUGCUUAUGCCGCUGAGCUAAACCCCCAGCCCCUGAUUUCACCUUCUUUUUCUUUUUUUUUUUUUUUUUUUUUUUUUUUUUUUUUUUAGAGACAGGGUCUCACUAUAUUGCCCAGGCUGGAGUGCAGUGGCUAUUCACAGGCGCGAUCCCACUACUGAUCAGCACGGGAGUUUUGACCUGCUCCGUUUCCGACCUGGGCCGGUUCACCCCUCCUUAGGCAACCUGGUGGUCCCGCUCCAGGGAGGUCACCAUAUUGAUGCCGAACUUAGUGCGGACACCCGAUCGGCAUAGCGCACUGCAGCCCAGAACUCCUGGACUCAAGCGAUCCUCCCACCUCAGCCUCCCGAGUAGCUGGGACUACAGGCGUGCGCCACCACGCCCGGCAAUUUCACCUUCUUUAAAGAGGCAAGAGGCAAUGGUCUCUUAUCUUCUAUAAUUGCUUCAAGCUGAUACAUGGGUGCAGACCCUAUCUGCCCUAGUGGGUACAGGGAUCCCUGGCUGGCUGAUCUAAGUGAGACAAUGUCCAAGGUGCUGGCUCCUGAACAAGGAGGGCUCCAAUUUCUGGGAAACCUUUAGCUUUGCUUGAAAUUGUGGCAGCCUUGAGGAAACAAAUUUAACAAUUCAAAUAGAGACAGGCCCAAACUAAGAGCAGUAAAAUAGCAGUAAGAAGCCAAGUAAGGCUGAGUAGGGCAGCCAUGGUUACUGUCCGGAUGGUGCUUGGGGCUGCAUCCAGGUCUUACGGUGAAUAGCCAGGAGGGCUGCUCAUCAUCCUUCUUCUAUCUGUGUCAAGCUUCCCUGAGUUAUUCACACAGGAGCAACAGGUCUUGUUAAUGAUUGAUACUCCCCUGUCAGUGGCGAGGAGGUAAUCUAGAGCUAGUCUAUCAGGAAUAUUUGCAAGGGAAUCUUGGCACUCCUGGAAGGUUUUUAAAGCUUGCCCUGUAUUUUUAGGUAGUAAAAGGCCACAGUGAGAUUUCUUAGUUGCUUAAAGAUGUAUGAAGCCUACUCAAGGAGCAGUCAGGCCAAUAGCUGCUCCUAUCACAGCAGAGAUGAACCCAUAGCUCUCUUGACCAUCGUGGGUUUGGGGUGCCACAGCUUGCUCUGAGGUUGACAUUCCUUUCUCCAGUGACCAGGUCUGCAAAAAGCACAUUAGUUUUUCCUAAGAGGCUAGUGGCCUUGGAGUUGUACCUGGGCUCUGGUCCUACCUGUCAAGGCAAGCCACUGUCAGGUAGCCACAGGGCAGCAAGAAGCCUCAGGCUGCAGCUAAGCACACAUCUGUCUCUUUAGUCCUCCUGUUAUUAAAGAUCAUAUUAAAGGUCCUGAUUAUUAAAGAUCAUAAAAGCUAAAUGGUUAAAAAAAAAAAAAAAGCUAAAUGGUUCAGAGAGUCUGCGGGCCAGCAGUCACCUUCUGCAAUUCUCUGUGCACCUGGGGCUGAUAGGGACAUGAAAUGCAUAGCCAGGAACACUUGUCCCUCCUGGCUGCUGGGCCCUAGGCUGGUUUAUUUUCUUAUGACCUCCACUGAUCACCCCUAAAAUAGUGCAGGAUUUCUCCAGUCUCUCAGCUCACUUCUUUGACCUUGCCACAGUGAACAAGGUUAUGGCAGAUUCUCAUCCCCUUUGCCAUGCAUGUUGUCCUGGGAUCAUGGCAGUCUCUGCUUUGAGAUGUUCUCUGACCCCUCAACCCACAUGGCUGGGCAGUGUUUCCUGCUCAAAAAAUACAGCAGCCACAGAAUCUCCUUUCCAUCCUGCAGCACAGGGAUAAAAGUAUCUAAAUGUUGGCUGUUGCAGUCAGGGAUUGUGCACAGAACAAUUAGAAUCAGGACAUGGAGUUUAUAAUAAUGUUUUAUGAUGGUCACCCAGUGUUAACACAAGAAACUGCAGGAAAUCUAUCUACAACACCAGAGAUAUAGAAUAUUUAGUCAAGGGGCUAAAUCUCACAGCAAUGUCCCACAUGAGUCCAGAUGAAGACCCAGAGCUCAUGACAGUGCCUCCCAUGAGUCCAACUUGAGGUCUAGAGCCCACAAGAAGGACUCAUGCCAGGCUCUUUUAUGGAUCCGUGCUGGGAAGGCCCAAGGGUCAGCAGUGGAAGCCAGAAAGUACAUGCCAGCGGGGUGAAGGAGCUGUGCUGGUGGGAUGAGGAUUCUAUACUGGAGCCAAGAAGCCACACUCAUAACAAAGACCAGGGCUGUCCUGAAAAGCACUACAGUCAUUCUCAGCAACAUGGAGGCCCCGAGCUCCUCUGACGAUAAGCACAGUCAAAUACAUGCCAGGAAGCCAGCGUGAUGAGUUUAUCCUGGAGAUCAAGCAUUGUAUGUCUUCCUCUCUGGAGCCAGGAAGCAAUGCUCAAUGUGAAGUCCGGAGCUUCUCCAGGACAAUCGACGGCUCAAACAGUAACAUGUAGAGAACCCACAAUGUCUCCACACCUCAACACAUAGCUUCUCCUUCUCUACCUCUCUAUUUAUGCUAGCAACUUUCCUCAGGUGGGACAUCUACACUCAGUACCAUGCUGGUGUAAUCUAGCUGGCAUUAAGAUGACUACCAGUUUUUAAUCCAUAACAAUGGCACAGGUCAGGUCAAAGGUUAGCACAAUCCUGUUUUGUGUUUUUGUUUUUUUGGUGCCAGCAACCUUUAUUGGUUGCAAGGUCAAUGAAAGGGAAUUCAACAUCCAGCUCCAGGGCUGCAUCCACGGACCUGUCCAAGGGCACACUCCCAAUCCUUUUUAAAAUAGCACCAGGUGGAGGUGAGGAAAGGCUACAUAAACCCAGUGGGUUUUCCUUAAUCCUUAUCCUAUAUAGAGCAAUAAAAGCCUGCAUAUAAGGAACCUUGCCCCACUGGCCUUUCCUCUUGUAGACAAAUCUAGCUGUAAAAUUGUGCUGUAACAGAGGGGCCCAUUUUUUGGCCAUCUCUCCUAGCUCCUUAGGUGAUACCAAGGCCAGACUAUAUUACGAAAGAAAAUCACUUUCUUCCUUGUUAAAUUUAUUCCAGUUUAUCAAAAGGCAUCCUAAUGGUGAGUCCUUUAGAAUGUUCCCUGUGGCCCUCAUAUUAUGGUAGGAUUUUUGUUAGGUGGAAGUAUCUUGCAUCAAACUAAGCAAAAAUAACCUAGACUCACUUGGCCUGUUAUGUCCCUUUGACCAGAAGAUGAAACAAGAAGCUAUGGCAGCCAAGUCUCAAAGGGAAAAGUCCCCCUUUUUCCUUGAAUAAAACAAUUGAGGUGACCCACCAGGGUGACUUAGAUCUCCAAAAUCUGUUUGACAAGUUAGGAGUUUAUGGAGGGUGCAGGGUUCCCAGUGAGUCUAGAAAGGAUAAUGAUUUAACAGCAGAUCAAAUCAGAAAAGCAAUUGGCACAGCAAGGCGGUCAGCCGAAGGGGCUGGGGUUGGUUGGGUUGGAGCUGAACAAAGGGCUGAGGAAAGAAGUUCCCAAGCCAUUGGUGCCAUUGGCCUCCUAAGGGUGAUGGGUGUGUGUGAACAGGGUUUGCCACUCCAAUCACUUGGGCUGCCAGGCUGAGAAACCAGGUCCCCAAACUGAGUAAAACAGUGGGAAUUAUCUUUGGUAGAUUUUGAGUGAAAAAGAAAAGGAUUACUAGGUUUUCACCAGUCCUGAGGAUCUAUGUUCCCCAGACAGUGGCAGAGAACACAACCCAAAGGACCCCAGAGUUACAAAUUACAAGAAGGUGAGAAACAGAGGAGUUGCUAGCAGCACAGAACAGACUAGAGAGCAGCAGGAGGGUGCCUAAGAAAUUCAGAACCCCUGUUCAAUGAAAGAAGUGUCUCCAAGGCUUUUAGGAAAGGAACCAGUGCUACUCCAAACCAGUGACCAGACAAGCCAUCAACUAACCAGGACAAUCCUGGGCCCCUGUUCCUAAUUGGUAAAAGUCUCAAUCAGGUUCCCCCCAAAACUUUUAUGGCCAAACCAGCAGAGGUUAGGGGACUAAAAAAAGUGGGUUACUAAUACCCAUAGGGUUGGUUUGGAGUAAAUCAGUUUUUUUUUUUUUUUUUAUCGGUACUGGGGAUCGAACUCACGCUCACGACCGCACACUUGCAAGGCAGGCACUUAUGUCACUGAGCUAAACCCCCAGCCCCCAUGGGGUAAAUCAGAUCUAGUUAUUAUUGCUGUACACUAGCAAAAAGAGCUUUGUUAUAUUUGUAUUAUACCAAAAUACCUGUAAUGUGGCCGUACUGUUCUCUAUGUGUCACUGGGCCCAGAAUAAAAUAAAUCAGUGCUGCUUUUUUAAAA